AUGGCCUUUGUGGCCCGAUUCCAAAAGCGGAAUGGAGCCACAGAAGUCAAUCCAUUUACUGUGUCUUCCCCUCUGCGCCUGUCAGCUUGUGUGCCCCUCGCACAAGCUGACAUAUAUCUGUUGCCUCUGAGCAGUGUAAGUUACUAUGUCUUCUCUCCACCCAGAAGACAUGUCACACCUGAAUAUUACACUGUAUCUACAAUGAACCAAACAAGAGUCACAGAAUUCAUUCUAUUGGGUUUUGGAAACCUUCACAGCUUCAGCAUUAUAUUCUUCAUUCUGUUAUUGAUCAUCUUUCUUUUUACAAUUAUUGGAAACCUUCUUAUCAUCAUCCUAGUGUGCACCAAUGGACAGCUCCAGUCCCCCAUGUAUUACUUCCUCUGUCAUCUUUCCUUUACUGAUCUGGUGAUUUCCACCAACAUCGUUCCCAACAUGCUCGGUGCCGUUCUGUUGGGAGCAAAAAAGAUGACUUACAUUGGGUGCGUGACCCAGUUAUACUUCUUUAGUGGUACAAUUAUUACAGAAUGUUUUCUCCUUUCGGUGAUGUCCUACGACCGAUACCUGGCCAUCUGUAACCCCCUAAGAUACUUCAGUAUCAUGGACUAUAAGUUACGUAUUGGUCUUUCACUAUGGCCGUGGUUGCUGGGUCUUACUCUUAAUCUUACAGGGGUUUUAUCUGUAUCAAGUUUUAAUUUUUGCCAUGACAAUAUCAUCGACCACGUCUUCUGUGACCUAUUUCCUUUAGUGAAGCUUUCUUGCUCAGACACUUCUGUUGUAGAACUGGAAGUCUUUCUGUUUUCUAUGCCAAUUUUUAUUCUUCCUUGUGGGUUUAUCAUUGUCACCUAUGUGUAUAUCUUCCUCACCAUAUUUAAGAUUCCAACAACAACUGGCAAACAGAAAACCUUUUCUACCUGCAGUUCUCACCUUAUUGUUGUGGGGACAUUUUAUGGGACGUUAAUAGCUAAAUACAUGAUCCCAUCUGUAGGACAUUCCUGGUAUAUUAAUAAAAUAGUUUCCUUAUUACAUACGUUACUUAUCCCCUUGUUCAACCCUAUAAUAUAUAGCCUCAGAAACCAGGACAUAAAGAUGGAACUUAGAAAAAUGUUUGCUCAUUGA